GAUCAUCAUCAGGAAAUGGAUGCCUGGUACAAGACCAAAUUCCAGGACUUGAACAAGGCAUCAGCAAGACAUGUGGAAUCCGUACGGGGAAUUAGAGAAGUUGUUGUGGGCUACAAGAAGGAUCCCCGUAUCGAGGCUCUGAAGCUGGAAAUGAAGACAGUGAAAGAGAAGAUCACUCUGCUGCUGAAAGAAUAUCAGGAUCUCCUCAAUGUGAAGAUGGCUCUUGAGAUCGAGAUCACCACCUACAGGAAGCUGAUCGAAGGCGAGGACUCCCGUUUGUCAACAAUGGUGCAAGGCAUGUCUCUGAUGAGUGCCAGCAUCUCUGCGAGUCUCAGCACCUCAGGGGUGAGGGUGAGUGGAGCUUUGGCUGAACCGGCUGGUGGAGCAGCUGCAGUGGCUUUCAAGCCAUCGCAGUCUUCUAAUGGCAACCAGGAAACUAAGGAGGAAUUCUCUCACGAGCAGGCCGUAGAACUGACAGAGAGGAAGACCGUCCUCAUUAGUUAAGACAGACGAGGACGUCAUCCAGAAAGACACACAAGAGCGCACCAUCACCAUCUCCGGAGCAGCAGACGAGACAGAAGAGUAACCUGACCUCACACUAGAUCUCUCUCUACUGUGUGUUCAUUUCUUCCCUCCACUAGCCAUUCUUUAUUACAUCAUCAUCAGAUCUUUACAUUUCCGUAUCACCUUAGAUGACUUUACACACAUACACGUUAUUCCUUUUCUAAUUGUUAGUGAUUGUUAGUAAAGAGGAGAAUGAGCUGUGUAUCAGAGAUGUGACACUGAUAUCGCAAAUAAAACACCUCAUGGUGCCGGUGUGUGAAGACUAAACCGCUAAUGCACUGUAUUCUAGCU